CUAAUCUGUGACUGCACCUAUGGGCUUCAAGUCUUUUUCCUUUUAAGUGGUGAUGUCAUUUCAACAGAAAGUGAGAUAAAAUGGACAACUUGUAGAUGUCUGAAUUUCCCCAGUGUCCUCUGUAGCAUGUCUCCGCGUUGUGGCACAGUGUCCCCGCAGUGAAACCACCUCUGGAUGCCCGGUGACGUGCCCGCUGCUGCUCCGCCGUCUCCUCUGGAGGUUGUCAGCUUCCUCGGUAAAACCGUCGGCGCAGGCGCGGCAUUGACAGCUGCCGUCUACUUACUCCGCAAAGUCUGCUUGAUAAUGGCGUGGAAAUCCGGAGGAGCCAGCCACGCAGAGCUCGUCAACAACCUCCGCAAAAAUGGCAUUAUUAAAUCCGACAAGGUUUACGAAGUCAUGCUGGCGACAGACCGAGCCCAUUUCUCUAGGUGUAAUCCAUACAUGGACUCGCCACAGUCAAUAGGUUAUCAAGCAACCAUCAGCGCUCCUCACAUGCAUGCCUACGCCCUGGAGCUUCUACAUGACCAGCUGUACGACGGAGCCAAAGCUCUGGACGUCGGCUCCGGCAGCGGAAUCCUGUCUGUCUGCUUUGCACGAAUGGUCGGACCUAAAGGGAAAGUAAUAGGAAUCGAUCACAUCCAGGAGCUGGUGGACGAUUCUGUAAACAAUGUGAAGAAAGACGACCCAAGUUUGAUCACAUCAGGCCGAGUCAAGCUAACAGUGGGAGACGGGAGACUGGGCUACGUGGAGGAGGCGCCGUAUGAUGCCAUUCAUGUUGGCGCGGCAGCAGCCACCGUCCCCCCAGCUCUUUUGGAGCAGCUGAAACCCGGCGGUCGGCUCAUUCUGCCCGUGGGCCCGGCGGGAGGAAACCAGAUGCUGGAGCAGUACGACAAGCUGGACGACGGCAGCACCAAAAUGAAGACCUUGAUGGGGGUGAUUUAUGUGCCUUUAACAGACAAAGAAAAGCAGUGGUCCAGGUGGAAGUGACUUCCUUCUCCCUCUCCUCCCUCUCUCUGCUUCUCACAGUGGCAAAGGGAUGAACUUUGAAGAGGAAGAACGUCCAUAAUCCACCUUUAAGUUUGAACCCUGGAGAGAACGUGACAUCACAUUCAAAGCGGAAAAAAAAAAACCAUGCUCUUUUUUGUUCACGUCUUAACGAUGAUGGACUGGAAGAACCACACUAAUGGUGGCGGCGGCGGCGGCGGCGGCGUGUGAAGACAGACCUGCUUGAAGCUCGGCACAGAAAAUUCGGGACAGAGGGAGUUUUGAUUUUCCUAUCAGGCGUGCAUUGUUUUUGUUUGUUUUUCUUUUGAACCGUAGGAUUUAAGGGUUGUUUUUUUUUUUUUUUUGGUUUGUUUUGUUUUAUUUCAUCCGCCUGCCAUUUUUACAGAGACAUUUACAUGUUCGGUAGCAUCAGCGCUGAAUGUAGAGGAGGGGACGUGCUGGACAUUGACGACGAGGAAAAGCCUGGGAUUUCUUUCUUCUUUUUUUUUGUGAGCGAGUGAGUGAGUGUGUAAGGAAUGAUCAUUUCACUUCUCGGCUAACGCGUUAGCUUUCUUCCCUGACCAGCAGUAUUAGGAACACACUCUCACAUGCGUCACUCUGCAGCUUCCCGCACACGUAGAACAUGCAUUUGAAAACACACUGAGCAUUUUACUCCAAAGAGAGCAAAGCACUAAUAACACUGACACACACACACACACACACCAGGCUGCGCUUCCCAUGUGUCCAUGUGCUGCUUUUUCUGCCGCUGGUUUCUCACCACUAACAACAACUAGUCGUGCAGACUCUUUUCUGGUGACUGGUAAAAGUAAAUGGGUGUAGAAGAAGAGGAAAUAAUAAUAAAAAAAAAAAGAAGUCACUUGCUUUGCCAAAAUAUUCUCCAACAUUAUUAAGCAAAUGAAUGUGUGUUUUCAUGAAAUAACAAUAAUCAUAAUAAUGAUGAAAAACCUACAUGCAUUUAAAAAAAUAAGAAAAGAAAAAAAGUACAUCUUAUUUUUGGGUGAUUAGAAGUGAUGGAUUAUGUUUGGCUUUCACAGAUUAUGGAAUGGCAUAUGGAAAUAAAGAGAUGCUUAUGUUUU